AUGCAUCGUCUUUUUGCUGAGCUGGAGCCAUCUUUAACCGUCACAGAGCAAAACCUGGCAGACCGAGUUCGGUAUAUCUUGCGCUCAAAUAUAUUUGAUGUCGCCGAACUCGAACGGCUACCACGUGAGGCUGUUCCCUCGUCGGAUGAGAAUGCUACGGCUGAGGAUGCGGCGCCACAAAUGGUAGAGCAACCCGCAAACGUGGAUGCCGCCGUGAAUACCCCAGUUGUGGUUGAUUCAAACGAUGAUGGAACAGUCGCCCAGGAACUGGAAUUAGAGCAUAUGAGGAGUACAUUGGAAGAGGCGAUUGUGGAAACGCGCAGUACGCCUCUCGAAAAUCGACCGCGACUUCCCCGCAUAGCCCUAAGCAAGCGGAAUCGGGCUGUCGUGAGGGCUCUGAACCCAAUGCUGGUGACCUAUUUGGAAGCCAGCCGGGACCUUUGCGAGACGGACUCAAUUCUUUUUGGCGCCGCGCUGGCAGUCUGCCGUAUCAUAGGCGCCAAGGUUUCCACGGCUGGACGCGCUACUGGCCAUAGUAGCGCUAUCCCAGCAUGGAGAAGAAGAAUUGAGGAACGUAUCGCAAAGGCUAGAGCUCUCAUCGGCAGACUGAUAUGCUUCAGAUCAGGCAACAACAGGCCAAGAAUUGUGCGCACCGUCAGGAUGGCGUUUGCUGGGACAAAUGUCAGUUUGUCCCAGCCGGAUAUAACGCAAAAACUGACGGAGCGCAUAGAUGAUCUGAAGCAGAGAAUCGCUGCUUGGGGAAAGCGGAUUCGGCGAUAUACCGAGAGGUCGACACGGUUCAACCAGAAUCGUCUCUUCCAGAGUGAUCAGAAGAGGCUCUAUGAAUCAUUGGAGCGACCAAUGGUAAGUGGAACGGGUCCAGCACCGAAUCAGGCCGACACUGUAGCAUUCUGGCGCGGCCUGUGGUCAGAGCCCGUAAAUCACAGCGAGGGCCCUUGGACGGAAGUUGUGGCGAGUCAGUGUGCGGGUAUUACGCCCAUGGACCCCGUCAUCAUAACGCCGGAUGACGCAGCUGAGGCUGUCCGUAGGGCCCCGAACUGGAAAAGUCCGGGGCUUGACGGGCUGCAUCACUACUGGCUGAAGGGAUUCAUGGUUUACACAGAACCAGACGAGUGGAAUUGUGUGGCAACUUGCUUCUUUAUAGACUGUGCACCUAAUGUUAUCGAGUUCAUCGAGCGGAUAUAUACCAUCUUGAUGCCGGGAGGAUUCUGGGUCAACUUGGGACCACUCCUAUAUCAUUACAGUGAUAUGCCAACAGAAAAUAGUAUAGAGCCACCUUAUGACAUUUUACUGGACAUUAUUAGGGAUGUUGGUUUCGAUAUAUUGGAAGAACGUACGGGCGUGAAGACUAAAUACGCACAGAAUCCGAAUUCGAUGAUGCAGCUUGAGUAUGACUCAGUUUUCUUCGUCUGCAGAAAGCCUUUCUGCUCUUAG